AAAAAAGAAAUAAGUUUUGCCAGAGAUAUCAACAUUAGAUGGAAUAGUACUUACAAAUUGAUUGCACAGAUCCUAAGAUAUAAAGAGGAACUUGCUGAAUUUUUUAGGGAUGAACUUCGUAUAAUCAUUAAUCCUUUUGAAUUUGUUAUUGUUGAAAAAUUGAAUGCCGUAUUAGAAGUUUUUAAUAACGCAACUCUUACUUUUUCCCAUGUUUACCAACCAACUACAAAUACAUUUUUUAAAGAGUGCAUUACAAUCGCAACAUGUUUUCGUGAAAGUGUGGCUGAUCGAGAUUUGUACCCUUAUGUCUCUCCUAUGAGAGAUAAAUGGAAUAUCAAGGGUUAUACAGUACUGUACAAGAAGAAACAGCACCACCUCCGCCCCCGAAAUCAAAAAAAGGUUUUGCCGGCAUAGUCGGUGGGCUUCUUGCAAAGAAAGGGAAACGUGCCCAGUCUUCGACGAGUUCAAGUGGUACAACAGUAAGCUCGCACAACGAACUUGCUAUGUACCAGGGUGUGCCAUGCGAUUACGAUGACGACGAUGUCGAUUUUGACGUGCUCGGAUGGUGGAAGCGGAACGAACACAUGUUCCCAUGUCUCGGCAUGCUAGCAAGACAAGUGUUGUCCGUCCCAGUAUCAACCGUAGCAGUUGAACGAGAAUUCAGUGCUGGCGGCAACAUUCUAACCGACUACCGAAGUUGUCUUAACGCUGAAUCUCUUGAAACACUGGUUUGCAACCAAGAUUGGCUCUUGGCAAGACGUCGGGCUCAAGAGUCAUCGUACCAACUCGAAUCGGAGCAUUACAUGAAUGCAACCACAGAUGGAAGUCCGAGUUCUGAAGAAUAAGUUAUAAAUUUUUUUU